CGGGGCUGCGGGACCGGCGCCGCCGCUGCAGCGAUCAUCGGCGGAGCGGAGCCCGGCGGGGCCGAGGUGCUGGACAUGGACACAGAGGAUGACCCAUUGUUACAGGAUGCCUGGCCAGAGGAGGAAGAUGAAGAGGUGGCCUUCAGCUCCCGGAAGAGGCGCGAGGGUGCUCUGCUGUGUGGGAAGAGCCCGUGCAGAGUCAGGCCCCUGUGUGUCACACUGCCUAUAUCUGGCUUCUGGAAUAUUGUUGGCUGGGUGUUCACCAACCCAUACUGUGCUGGCUUCAUCCUUUUCCUGGGCUGUGCCAUCCCUGCCGUGCUUGCUGUCGUCAUGUUCCUCCACUACCCCGCCCUGGACAUCGACAUCUCCUACAACGCUUUCGAGAUCCGCAACCACGAGUCCUCGCAGCGCUUCGACGCCCUCGCCUUGGCCCUCAAAUCCCAGUUUGGCUCCUGGGGGAGGAACCGCCGGGACCUGGCUGACUUUACCUCAGAAACGCUGCAGAGGCUCAUCUUUGAGCAGCUCCAGCAGCUCCACCUCAACGCGUCCCACCUUGGUGUCAGCACACGGGUGAGGCGCAGCCCCGCACAGGGCAGGGGGAGCUCCCUGCAGCCACAGCCCUAUCCAAGCACAGCAAACCAGAGCUCCAGAGUGGGGAGGGGAGCCCCGCGCUGGGACUACUCCAGCAGCUACAUCAGUGCUAACACACAGACUCAUGCUCACUGGCGCAUUGAGCUCAUUUUCCUGGCUCGGGGCGACGCUGAGAACAACAUCUUCACCACGGAGCGCCUGGUCACCAUCCACGAGGUGGAGCGCAAGAUCAUGGACCACCCUCGCUUCCGUGAAUUCUGCUGGAAGCCACAUGAGGUCCUGAAGGACCUGCCCCUGGGCUCUUACUCCUACUGCUCCCCUCCCAGCUCCCUCAUGACCUACUUCUUCCCCACGGAGAGAGGAGGGAAGAUUUACUAUGAUGGCAUGGGGCAAGACCUUGCUGACAUCCAAGGAUCCCUGGAGCUGGCCAUGACCCACCCUGAAUUCUACUGGUAUGUGGAUGAGGGCCUGUCUGCUGAGAACAAGAAGAGCUCCCUGCUGAGGAGCGAGAUCCUCUUUGGGGCCCCGCUGCCCAACUACUACUCGGUGGAGGAUCGCUGGGAGGAGCAGCGCCGCAAGUUCCAGAACUUUGUCAUCACCUACGUGGCCAUGCUGGCCAAGCAGUCCACGAGCAAAGUCCAGGUGCUGUACGGAGGGACGGAUUUGUUUGACUAUGAAGUGAGGAGGACUUUCAACAAUGACAUGUUGCUGGCCUUCAUCAGCAGUAGCUGCAUAGCUGUCCUGGUCUACAUCCUCACCUCCUGCUCAGUUUUUCUGUCAUUCUUUGGCAUUGCCAGCAUUGGGCUGAGCUGCCUGGUGGCUCUGUUCCUGUACCACGUCGUGUUUGGGAUCCAGUAUCUGGGUAUCCUCAAUGGUGUGGCUGCCUUUGUCAUCGUGGGGAUUGGAGUUGAUGAUGUCUUUGUUUUCAUCAACACCUACCGCCAAGCCACGCACCUCAAGGACCUGCGGCUGCGCAUGAUCCACACUGUGCAGACAGCAGGGAAAGCCACCUUCUUCACCUCCCUGACCACAGCUGCAGCAUAUGCUGCCAACAUCUUCUCUCAGAUCCCAGCUGUGCAUGACUUUGGACUCUUCAUGUCCCUGAUUGUGUCCUGCUGCUGGGUAGCUGUGCUCUUCACCAUGCCAGCUGCUCUUGGAAUAUGGACCCUCUAUGUGUCCCCACUAGAGAGCUCCUGCCAAGCCAGCUGCAGUCAGAAGUGCACCAAAAAGAGUGCCUUGCACCUGGCUGAAGAUCUCUUCAUUGCCUCAGCAGCCCCCUCCAGAGCAGGCAGAGAGACCCUUCCCUACCUGGAUGAUGACAUCCCACUGCUCAGCGUGGAGGAGGAGCCUGUCUCCCUGGAAAUGGGGGAUGUCCCCUUGGUGUCUGUGAUGCCAGAAAAUCUGCAGCUCUCUGCAGAGAAGAGCAGCCAGGGUCACUUAAUAACUCAUCUGCAGGAGCUGCUGGAGCACUGGGUGCUGUGGUCUGCAGUGAAGAGCAGAUGGGUGAUUGUGGGGCUCUUUCUCCUGGUUUUGCUGCUGUCCAUAUUCUUUGCCAGCCGCCUCCAGCCAGCCAGCCGUGCUCCAGUCCUGUUCCGGCCAGACACCAACAUCCAGGUGCUGCUGGAUCUGAAAUACAACCUGAGUGCUGAGGGGAUCUCCUGCAUCACCUGCUCAGGUUUGUUUCAGGAAAAGCCCCACAGUUUGCAGAACAACAUCCGAACUUCCUUGGAAAAAAAGAAGAGGGGCUCGGGUUCACCUUGGGGAAGCAAAGGCAGCAUGAGUGAUGCAGGGCAGCAAGAGCUGCAGGGGACUGUGUAUAUCUCCAAGUCCAGGAGCAAGGGAAGACCAGCUAUCUACAGAUUCUCACUCAACGCCAGCGUCCCUGCGCCCUGGCAGAUGGUGUCACCAGGAGAUGGGGAGGUGCCUUCAUUCCAGGUGUAUAGAGUGCCUUUCGGUAACUUCACCAGGAAGCUGACAGCUUGUGUGUCCACAGUAGGGCUGCUUAAGCAGAUGAGCCCCAGGAAGUGGAUGAUGACCACCUUGUCCUGUGACACCAAGAGGGGCUGGAAGUUCGAUUUCAGUUUCUACGUGGCCUCCAAGGAGCAGCAGCGAACACGGAAACUGUAUUUUGCCCAGUCCCACAAGCCCCCUUACCACGGCCGAGUGUGUGUGGCACCUCCAGGCUGUCUGCUCAGCUCCAGCCCAGAUGGACCCACCAAAGGCAUCCUCUAUGUCCCCAGUGAAAAAGCGCCCAAAGCAAAGCUGUCAGCCACAUCUGGAUUUAACCCCUGCAUGAACACAGGCUGUGGGAAGCCAGCAGUGAGGCCACUGGUGGACACUGGAGCCAUGGUGUUUGUGGUGUUUGGGAUCAGAGGCGUGAACCGCACCAGGCGCCAGGACAACCACGUCCUCGGAGACAUGGGCAGUGUUAUCUACGAUGACAGCUUUGACCUCUUCAAAGAGAUUGGCAACCUGUGCCGCCUCUGCAAAGCCAUUGCCAGCAACUCUGAGCUGGUGAAGCCCGGAGGGGCUCAGUGCCUGCCCUCGGGUUACAGCAUCUCCUCCUUUCUGCAGAUGUUGCACCCAGAGUGCAAGAAUAUCCCUGAGCCCAACCUGCUGCCAGGACAGCUCUCUCAUGGGGCAGUGGGGGUGAAGGAUGGCAAGGUGCAGUGGAUCUCCAUGGCCUUUGAGUCGACAACCUACAAGGGGAAAUCAUCCUUCCAGACAUAUGCUGACUAUCUGAAGUGGGAGACAUUCCUGCAGCAGCAGCUCCAGCUCUUCCCAGAGGGCUCUGCUCUCCGGCACGGCUUCCAGACCUGUGAGCACUGGAAGCAGAUUUUCAUGGAGAUUAUAGGAGUGCAGAGUGCCCUCUAUGGCCUUGUCCUCUCGCUGGUCAUCUGUGUGGCUGCUGUGGCAGUGUUCACCACACACAUCCUCCUCCUGCUGCCAGUGCUGCUCAGCAUCCUAGGGGUUGUGUGCCUGGUGGUGACCAUCAUGUACUGGUGUGGCUGGGAGAUGGGAGCUGUGGAAGCCAUCUCCCUCUCCAUCCUCGUGGGCUCCUCUGUUGAUUACUGUGUGCACCUGGUGGAGGGAUACCUGCUGGCAGGGGAGAACCUGCCUCUCCAGCAGGCUGAGGACCCCAGGGCGUGCCGGCAGUGGAGGACAAUGGAAGCCGUGCGCCGCGUUGGGGUGGCCAUCGUCUCCAGCGCCACCACCACGCUGAUUGCCACCGUCCCGCUCUUCUUCUGCAUCAUUGCCCCCUUUGCCAAGUUUGGGAAGAUCGUGGCCCUCAACACGGCGGUGUCCAUCCUGUACACGCUGACUGUGAGCACGGCCCUGCUGAGCACCAUGGCGCCCGGCACCUUCACGCGCAGCAGCACCUCCUGCCUCAAGGCUCUGCUGGCCGUGCUCCUGGCUGGCCUGCUGGCUCUCUGCAUCUGCCUUGCCCUGCUCAAGAGUGGCUUUAAGAUCCCCCUCCCCAACGGGACAGCCCUCUAGACCCGGUGGGACGGCCCUGUAUGACCCAAUGGGACGGCCCUCUAGACGCCAGGCCGAGAGAGCCGCGUCGCUCCUUUUCGUUUUUUCUUUUCUUUUUAAAGAAUAUUUUUUGUAAGGAAAACAAAGAGGAAAAAAAAAAAAGAGUCCCCUUUUUCAUGAAGUUUUUCAAUUGCAGAUGCACUUUAUUUUCUCAUGAGUUUUGCUCGAAACUUGUAUUUAUUUUAGGUAGUGAUGGAUGGGUGAUGAAAAGUGAGGGCUGCCCAGGGAAUACCUCAGCCCGUGAAGAGGAGAGGAGGAGCUUUCCUCCUCUCAGUUUUCUUUCUGCUUUCUUUUUUUCUUUUCUUUUAAUUUAUUUUUAUCAAACAGGGCUUUCUGGACCCACAAGGCUAAAAUGGGAGAAUUUGGGAAGGUCUUUCAAAAAUCCUUCCCUCUGUCCUUCCCCUCCCUUGUCCAGAGUCAGAAUUGCAAGGAUGACUCUUGGGUGAUGUCCUGCUCCCACACCAAGCCUGUGCCUCCUUAUCUGAGCCUCCAAAACCAGCAGUGAGCAGUUGGACAGGCCUGGGGACAACAUUAUCUGGAUCCCUUUGCCAGGCCCUGUAUCCAUGCCAGACCAGCAGUGAACUUGCUGCACUUUUGAGCGUCACUUUGGGAUCCAGACCAGAGCUGUUGGGUGGCACCACCUGCAGUGGCCCUGUUUUCAGGGUGGUGGGAUACAAAGCAUUCCCCUUCCUGCUGGGGGGACUUUGUGCUGGGAUCUCACGUGUCUGCCAGCAGCCAUCAGGAAGCAGAUGGUGCCCUCAGCAGCCUGCUGUCCUCUCCCUCAUCCCAGUAGUGAGGUCAAGGCAUUUCAAUGCCCAGUCCCGCCAUGUCACCUCACCAGUCACUGAUCUGCUCUUCCUGGUGGAGAGAAAAGAGAGCCCUGGGUUCCCUGCAGAGCUCUUUGGUCACAGCAGUCAGCUCUUGGCUGAGGACAAGGCAGAGCCCAUUCCUGGUGGUGUGCACAGCAUCCUCUGUGACAUCCUCCUCAGUGGAGACCCACGGGCACCAGAGCUGCAGCUGCUGUCUGCUCUGAGCAGAUGGUUGGUAUUAAACUGAAAUGAAAUCACAAACUGCUGCCAUUAACAAGUGCAUUUUAAGCAUCACUGGUUCUCUCGUAUUUUUAAAACUGAAAUAGCUAAGUGUGCAUUAAUGCACAGCACAUCUGAUGCUUGGCAGGAGGGGAGGGUCAGGCCCACUGGGAGAUGCAUUAGCCAUUAUUUACAAGGGUGCCUGUAGAAUAAUGUGGCCAGGAAGCAGCCUAACUCAAUUUCUUUGCAGAUUUCAUGUCCUGGUGGCUUUGUGUUCUCUUUUUAAGAUGAAACUUCCAGGAAGUCCAACCCCGUUGCCAGCCAGUUUGUGGGGCCUGCACUGCUGAGAGACUGAGCUGCUUCUCCUUGGCUCAGGGCAUCCCUGCUUUGAUCCCUGCCAGUCUUACACCUUCACAUUGUCAGCCCUGUGAAACUGGGUCAAAUACUUGUUUCUAAAGUAGGUUCCCCAAGGUGUCCCCAAGCUGGAGAGAGGAGUUCUGAUUGUUUCCAGUUGGACUCCAGAGUAAUCCUGCUACAGGCAGUGAGGGUAGUGAGAAUGUGAGUAGAGCAGAAUGUGAGUGUCCUGGUUUCUCCUUGCUAUCCCAUGGAGCUUCUGAGUUACCCCUUUCUGCAAAGUGCGAAAUGUUUUCUUGGCACCUACCUCUAAUCUGCACCAGCUCCUUCAUAAUGAACCCUGUGCCCAUGAGUAAAUGGUUCUGUCUUGUAUUUGCUGGGAAUACCCCAACAAAGUCAGGAAUGGUGCAUCUGAGUCCAUGUUCUCAGAAGGCUAAUUUACUAUUUUAUUAUACUAUAUUAUAUUAAAGAAUACUAUACUAACUAUACUAAAGAAUACAGAAAGGAUGCUUACAGAAGGCUAAAAGAUAAUAAUGAAAACUCGUGACUCUUUCCAGAGUCCUGACAUAGCUUGGCCCCAAUUGGCCAAUGAGUCAAAACAACUCACACCAGAAUCCAAUGUAACAAUCACCUGUGGGUAAACAAUCUCCAAACUCAUUCCACAUGUGAGCACAACACAGGAGAAGCAAAUGAGAUAAGAAUUGUUUUCCUUUUCUCUGAGGCUUCUCAGCUUCCCAGGAGAAAAAUCCUGGGUAAAAGGAAUUUUUCAGAGAAUGUGAAUGCCACAGUUCUGGAAAUGAUUUGUGGCUAUCCUCAAGCUGUGCUGCUCUGAUGGAUGCUGUGAACAGUUUAGCCCCAUCCUUGCUCUGUAAGCCAUGCUGUUCCCUGUGUCUGUGCUCCAGAUUUAACUCCUGGUGGUGCCCUGAGCUCUCCUAAGUGGCAGUGACUGGAGAGGGCAGGAGUGUUUGUGAUAUCCAUGGAGCCCCAUGGAGCUGUGUGGCUGUGCAGCUGCUGCAGGGGAUGGCAAGGUGUCCCUAGCACUGUGGGCAAGGAUUCUCUGGCUUGUAGCUUGACUUGAACUUAGCAAAUACUUCAAACCUCUUUUGGGUGAUUAAAGCUGAUGGAUGUUUCCAGGACAGCAGACAACAGAGUAAGAGAGUGACUUCCCUUUGAGGAAGUUCCUCCUUCUAUAAGUAUUAAGAAACCUUUCAAGGCCUUUGAGAAAAAGCACAGAUGUGCUUUGAAUCCUGUGAAGUUGAAAGCCUGUGUAAGCCCCUGGUAUCCUGUGUUUGUUCUCACUAUAAAGAGGCUCCAUAAACGCCCCACCUGCAGUGUUAAUCUGGACAUGCCAUGCUGGGAACAUCCAUUCAUGCCAUGCUGGGAACAUCCAUUCAGCCACUGUGGGGAAGCAAAGAUUAAUUUUAAAGCAGAGGGAAACUUUGAGUGUUUCUUGGGUCUGCUCUGGCAGUGUCUCUGAUCUGCAGGCAAAAAUAACAAAGAGUUCUUGGCGCCUGGCAGGGUCCAUCCUGUAUUCUGAAGCAGGUGGGGAAAAGGACAAGCUGUCAUUGUCUCUCCUCCUCUCCAGCCAGCCCAAGCCCCCUCUGUGCAGAGGAACUGGUGGGCUCUAGCAGGAGCAGGGCAUCACCUUGGCUUUUGCUGCCCAGAGUGAGACUGGGAAUGCCAUGGCUGGAACGAUUCAGAUGGAACAGGGCAGACCAAGAUAAGUGCAAAUGAUUCACAAAGGCAUGCUGAGGAGAUUGUGCCCCUCCAGGAGGGAAACUGAGGCAAGGAGAGGAGCAGGAACUUACACCAGAGGUAGCAGGAUGGCAGAAGAGUCUUAGAGGAUCCCGGGUGAUUUAUGCUGCAAGGACUCACUGAAUGUUGUAACCUGAGACCCUGAUUAAACACAGCCAUGACAUUUAAGAUCUAACUAGACAUUUGUCCCAUCACUGCUUCACCCUGCUCAGCUCCAUGCUCAGCAUGGCUGGUGCUUUCUCCUCAUGCACUGGAGUGACAAGAGGCUUAAAAUUGGAGCCCAGCCUUCUGCAAAACACUUAAAACAUCCUGAUCUCCCCAGGCAUCCAUGGAAACAGCAAAUGAGUGGCAGAUGUAGACAUGUCCAUGUAGGCAGUGUCAACUUUGUGAUUGCAGAAUACUCAUAAAUUAUGGAGGUAAGGAAAGGGAUGGCUUUAUCUGAGCAAUGUGGAGGUGUAGCUGACAGCCCUGCUGGGAAUUGGUGCUCCAAGGCAGAUGCUCACAGCAAUAAAAAGCAAUGUUUCACCUAUUUGAUGCUGUUCCAGGAGCAGAUGUUCACCUUAAAAGAUUCCUCCCACAUCUUUGCCUAUCUUCUCUCCCUGAUGACUCCUCUGUCUCACAGACCAUCUCCUGAGCCCUGUUGUCUUGCUAAACAAGGUUCAGCCUUCUCCAUGGUUCAUGCCUAAGGUGCUCACAGAAUCUGGAUUGAAAGUGGCUGGAAAAGUCUUGAGAGUUUCCUUAGGCAGAGGAAGGCAGGGAGUUAAACAGCUUCUCACAGAGCUUUCAGCCUGCCCUUCUGGAGGGUUACAAAAGGCUUUUUGUUCAACCCCAUGACACAAAUAUAUCCUCCCACACUGUCCACCAAGGAAGCUGUGCAGACUGAUUUGCAGCCAGGCAGGACAAACUCAGUGUCUUGGUUACUUCCAACAUCACUCCUCACCCCUGACAGCAUGUAAGCCAUAGUUUACAGAUAUUUCAGAGGCUUCUGCUAAGUAUAUAGCCCUGGGAUAGUACCCAGGGACCCAGAGCUGGGCAUCUUUCAAUACCUGUCUCCAUCCUGAGGUUUUGGCUUUUUCUUCUCUGCUGCUCCUUUGGGCAAUUGCUGAAGGGAGGUGGGGGCAGUGACCGUGGCUGGAGGCAGAACAGCAAUCAGAUCUGGAGGAAAAGAAAGGCUUGGAGGCAGAAGCAGAACAAAUGGGAGGGAGGAUGGUUCAAAAUGGGAGGAAAGAUGG